AUGAGCGCAAAAAAUAUUGAGAUUAAGCAGAAUGUUUUUUUGUCGAACAUUUUUUGCGACUCGGACAAUUUGAAGAAUUUAAUGAGGAGCAGCCCUAAGAAAAGGGCCAGGGAAAAGGACAAAGAAAAGAAUUACUUGUCGGCCCAGAACUUCUGCUACGACAGGGAGGACGAUGAAGACAUCUUCAAGGUGGAAGAAAUUUACGACCGGGACUUCUCCUCGAAGGAAAAAAAAUGCAAGCUCUUUGUGCCGUUCAAAAACAAACGGGAAAGGGAGCCCAGAUUUAUCACCAUAGAAAAGAUAAAGAAGAAAUAUAAAAGCAUCAAUAUAUACGAUGCGCUAAAUGACAAAGUGAGACUCCUCGAUUCGGAGGAAGCUAAUUACAAAUGGAAGGACAUACUAAACUAUGAGGACUCUUCUUUCGAUAUAUUCACGAUAGACGAAAUAGUGAAGGAGCUCAAGGAGGAGGAAAUUCCAGAGGACCAAAUAGGCGAGAAGAGCCAAAAAGUAGAAAAAAACAAGUCAGCAAAGGAGUUAAAUCAUGAAAAUUUAAACAAAAAAGAAAGGAACAUCGUUCCGUUUAAGGCGAAAGGAGUUAUCUCAAAACAGAAGAACAUAUUUCAAAGUGUCUUUGACGACAUAUACAUUUAUGAUUAUAAUUAUGAGUCCAACUUGUUUAGGGUAAAGAAAAAAACAUCGAACGAAUUUUUCGAAAUUCAUCGAAUGCAGUUUUUUUUUACUAGCGAAAAUCCAAUACUGUACGCAGAGAAAAUUUUUAACGCCAUUAAAAACAGAUCUACCAGCUUGAAGAGAAAGCUGUACUUUGCAGAAAUUGACAACAAGUUUGCGCACUUCAAUUGUAUACUGAACGAUGUCCACGAAAUUGCAGAAAAUAAUUCAAUCAUAAAGAAUGCCACUGAUGUGCAAUCUAUUGCGAGCAAUCUGAACUCUUUUUGUAAUGUAUGGCUAGGCAGAAGAAUUUGCAGCAAUGAAUUUUUUAACUUUCCCAAGCAGUUAUACAGAGCUAAGAAGGAAAUAAAAUACUACAACUACGAUUUCGAGAACAAGAAGAAUAUCAUUAAGCAGUGUGUGUUGCUGGAGAAUAAGAAAGUCAUUAGGACUUUUUUGGGCAUUAUAAACAAGUGUGCCUUGAUUAAGAUAUCCAUAUUUGACACCACCAUUUCGAGCCCCUACGAGAUGAACGACUUUUUCCAGGCGCAGAACGCGUCCGUUUUGAAGUCCUUCGAACGCGUGAACAGCUCCUGGAUGAACGACAUGAAGACGAUCAUCGAGGAGAACCUGAAGAAUUGCACUAAGGGCAAUUACAACCUUAAGGACAUCUCCACGGAAACGUUUAAAUACACUAAGAUAAGGAUCUUCUUCAACAUACUCAAGUUGAUCAUCGAAAGGAGAAUAAACGAAAUGCUGAUUAGCAACAUGGACGAGUUUGUAAACAUGUUCGUGCAAAACAUGAUAAGCUGCAAGAAAAACAAAAAUUACAUGCCCAUAUUCGUAAUUAACGUAACCAAGAAAUUUGACUACUCCAGAUUUAUUCUAGACAACACUCCCCUCUCCUUCUUCGAAAAGUUGGAAGAUCUGAUAUAUUCGACCCUCAUAAAAUAUCAGCAGAUAGAAAAAAUAGAAAAGUUAGUAAUCCCACAGGUAUUCAAAAAUGACAAAUUCAUUUUCUACAAAUCUAUCAAAGAAAGUGACCAAUUUAUAUGUGAAAAAUUACUACACAUAAAACACAUUUUUCACGAAUCAAAAAAUAUGAUAGAUAACUAUUUAUCAAAAAUUAACAAGCAUGCUGACAUUCUGAAUUUCAAUGUUAAUGAGGCCAUCCGAAAUAUUGAUAUCAAUACGAGUGUAGAGCAUAUUCAAAAUAUCAUUUACAAGAAUCUUGAGAAGAUACAGAACAUUAAUGAUACCAUCGAGGAUAAUAUCAACUUGGGCAUCUUUCUCGUCAAAUGCAAAGAUAUCAAGCUUUUUAUCAUAAAUGAGAUUAAUAAUUAUAUCAAGGCUUUGACCAACAUCAUUGUCCAGCGAUACAAAGAGAAAUACACGUCGAACCUCAUGUUCUACAACUCCAUCAUCGUGAGGCUGAAAAAAAAGACGAACAAAAUUCAAGACAUCUACGAAAAGGAGGAGUAUAUAAAAGACAUGAAGAAGAGCCUUGACUUCAUCUCCCACGACAUCAAAGAAAUCAACGUCCUAUUUAACUGCCUGAACAAGCUGAACUACAAAUUUUCCAACGAUGAUUAUUUGUCCUACUGGAAAAUAGUAAACCGGCCCAGCAAGAUCGAAAAAAUUGUCAAGGAAGUUAACCAACACAUAGUUAAGCAGAAAAAUAUUCUCCUCGAAGAACUCAUAAAUGACGAAUCCAAGUUCCAGAGCAGCAUUGUUGAGAUGAAGGAAAAUGUGCAAUCGAUUAGAAGCUUCAACGACGAGAGCAACUAUCUCAGCAUUAACAAGUUUAUUCUGACCGUCCAGAAUCAGCUAGCCGUUCUCAUCAAAGAGUCCAAGGAAAUAAAUUACAGGGAGAAACUCUUCAACAUUGAAAUAUCCGAUUUUUCCAUCCUUCCCAAGAUUCAAAAUGAACUAAACCUGUAUUACACCUUUUGGAUCAUAUACAAAAGCAUAAAAUCGAUGGACGAGCGGUUCGACAAAAAAAUAAACUCUCUUAACCACAAAAAAAUAGAAGACGACUUUAACUUGAUUCUGAAAAAUAUGAACAAAAUUAACAAACACGCUAAUGAGUACUACAAAAACAAGAAUGGGCUAAUCAAAAAGAUGAACGAGAAGUUGACCUUCUUCAACUCAUACGUGUCUCUGUUAAUUUCGUUGAGGAAGCCAAGCAUAAAGGAGAGGCACAAGGAGCAGAUUGCCCAAAUUAUUGAUGAGAAGAACAACAUCGACUUCAACACGAUCACAUUUAACGAUCUCCUCAAGCUGAACAUAAACAAUAAAAUAACGAGCAUCAUUAACAUUUGUGAGAAGGCCAAUAAAGAGAAUGCCAUCGAGAAGUUUUUGGGUAAGAUAAAAAACAACUUCAGCAAAAUCGAGUUCCAAAUGAAGCAAGAGGAGAAUAACAAAAUCUGGAUCAUCUCCAAUAUGAACGAAAUUUUGACCAAGAUAGAGGAAAAUCUGGUGAUGAAUCAAAAUCUGCUCAUAAUAAACAUCUACGAGAUUUAUCACAUCGACAUAAUUAACAAUCAGAACAUGAUGAUGAACGCGAACAACAUUAUUCACACCUUGAAGAAGAGUCAGAAUCUGUUUCUGUACCUGAGUCGGAUCUUCGUGCUGACGGACAUUUCGAAGCAGCUGGCGAACGAGUCCAAAAAGUACAAGCUCAUCUACAGCAACUUCCUCAACCUGUGCAAGCUCAUAGAGGAAGACAAGAAGCUGGAGAAGUUCUGUGCCAGGAAGGACACCAAGGAGAAGCUAGCUGAGCUCUACAGUAACCUAAGCCUUCUCCUAAAAAGCAUCAAUGAGUACCUAGACCUCAAAAGGGAGAUCUUCAACCGAUUCUACUUCCUCAGCACAGACGAUCUGAUUAAUUUGAUCUCGUCCAAUAUCAAUGACCAAAUAAACACCUACCUUUUUAAAAUUUUUAAUAGCAUUUACAAGCUGGUGAUCGUGAAUGGACACAUCGUGGCGUUUCAGUCCCAGAGGGGAGAGGAACUCCUUCUCUGCAACGAAAUUGAAAUUGAAAAAAAAGAGAUCACGGAAAUCCUGGUGGAGGUGGAGAAGGAGAUGUUCUUCAGCGUGAAGAAACAAAUCUAUGACAACAUUCUGGAGUAUAAAAAUUUGAUGGACAUAAAGGAGGAUGACUUCCUCAAGAGCAACAAUGACAUUAAGAGUUACUCUAAGUGUAAGUCGUAUGACUACAACUCGGGAGACUCCGUGAGCAGUUUUUCGUCCAGCGGGAGCAUGGCCGAUGAGGGGGAGGAGCCGCGCGACGGGGGGGGUGCCCAAAACGGGACAGUUACCCACAACGGGAGAGCCGCCCAAAAUGGGGGUGUACCGCUUGAUUCGCCCCCCGGGGAGUCCCCUUCAUCCGCCAUCCUCCCCUCGGUGAACAAAAAGGUCCUCUUCUCCCUGAACAAGAACAGCCAAUUCGUACUGAUCAUAAAGAAUCUCUUCUGGUCGAACCUCGUAGAACUAUUUCUAAAAUACAACAACCUGAGUAAAUACAAAAAAAUCUUGAAUGAAGAGUUAUACGAAUAUAUUAACAUAAUUAACAAAGUAGACAAGAAGAAGAGCGUCCUCUUACACACUCUCAUCAUAUCGCUAGUUCACAACAGAGACAUAGUACAGGAGUUAAUAAAAAAGAGAGUCAAUGAUGUGAAUAACUUCAAUUGGUUAAUACAGCUCAAGUAUUUCUACUACAACAAAAAUUUGUACAUCAAAUAUCUGAACGAGUCUUAUAUAUAUGGUUACGAAUACAUCCACAAUGACAAUAAGAUUAUCCUCACCAGUUUGAUAAAUAAAUACUUCAUAUCGAUUUUACAUUCUUAUAGCUCGAAGUUGGGUGUAUGUUCUGUGGGGUUGGCUGGAACAGGGAAGACAGAGACGACAAAGUAUUUCUCCAAAUUCGUUGGGAAGUUCUACUUCGUCUACAACUGCAGUUGUAAUAUCAACUUUGACUUUCUGAAAAAUUUAUUCUUUGGAAUUGCCACGAAUGGCAUAUUUUUCUGCUUCGACGAAUUUAACAGAAUAAGUAUAGAGGCCCUCAGCGUGCUGGCACAGCAGCUGUGUAAUUUGUUCAGUGCCAAGUCGAGGAAGUUCACCCGGAGUGGCAUCCAUCGUGGUGGCAGCUUUGCGCAGAUUACACACCCAGGGGGUAGUGACGUGGGGCGGGACACUGCCGAGGAGGUAGGUGAAGAAUCUCCUAUUGAAGGACACACUGGCGGGUGCAUCUCCCAACAAAGGGGACCACUCGGGGGGGGAACACACCUAACUGGGAAUACCCACCUUUCUGGGAAACCCCACGCUGCUGGCCGAACCCACGUGAGCAAAAAAAACAUGCUCUUCUUCGAAGGGAAGUACAUAAAAAUCAACGAAGAGUUUAACAUUUUUAUCAUCAUAAACCCAUUUUACAAAGGAAGGAGUGAACUACCAAAUAACAUUAAGGCCCUGUUCCGUUUUUUCCACUUUAUUAAGCCCGACUUUUUCACCAUCGUGGAGGUAAUGCUCUACUCCAAGGGGUACAAAUACAGUAAGGUCUUGUCAAAAAAGAUUAUCCUCCUCUUCGAACUAUGUGAGCAUAAUUUAAGCCCCCAGAAACAUUACAAAUAUGACCUGAGAACGGUGAAGAAGAUAACCUACGUCAUGGGGAAAAUCAUCGUCGACAAGGACAACAACAAUCAUAACAAGAACAUUUUCUAUGAGUACAAAUUUCUCUUCAUCGCUAUUAUCGAGUGUAUAAUGCCCUCCAUCGUCCGAAAUGACAUUUAUAUCUUCCUCACCAUUAUGAAGAACAUCUUCUAUGAGCUCUACGCUUAUAAUCAGUCUCUCAAUCCGUCCGGCAAGACCUGCGGCGCCAUCGACUUGAAGUGCAUCCUGUCCAGCAAGAGGAACAACGACAAUAGUAUACUCAUGUAUUUGAAGAGUUUUUAUUGCAAUAUGAUGAGCGACCCGGGCGAGAGAGGCGCCAGGGAUGGCAGGGACGGCGGCGAAAACGGCAAUGACGCAGAGAAGAACGAUCAGGCCGAGCAGCACCAUGACGGUGAUAAGCAUCAGGGGAAGGGGGAGCAACCCCAGAUUCGGGACGGCUCAGCAGACAACACGAAAGGAGACGCCAGAGACGAAUGGAGAGACCACACGAAAAACCGCCAACAGGGCCAUUCCGAAAUGGCCGCCCCCACCCGCACGUGCAAAAAGGACAACCGAAAUUCCCCAAAGAUCGGCGUGGAGAUGUUACCCGAUGAAGGGAAGGGACCAGCCAAGGAAGACAAUCAUCAAGGCAGCAAACUAUUUCUAAGCAAAAAAGAAAUCGUGGAAGAUUAUCUAAAAAAAAUGUUAAAAAAGAAGAUGCUAGAGUUGAAUUACGUAGGCACAGACAGGUACGUCAGCAAACUUAUUCAGUUGUACAAUAUGAUAAAAUUUCACACGGGCAUUCUCUUCCUCUCAUACCCACUCUCCAAAACGACAUCGUAUAAAAUUUUGAGCAGAACCAUAAACACCAUCAACGAUAGGGAGAUAAUAAAAAGAAAAAUGAAUGACUAUGUUAUAAAUGCCAACGUGGUACGGGAGAUGGACAUGCUGGGUUUUUAUGAAGAGGUUUCAAAUAAAUGGGUUCAUGGAAUAUUAACAAAAAAAAUAAUAGAGAUAAAUUCUACCUUCAAUAGGAGUGAUUACCUUAACAUUAUUUACUUUGAUUGUUAUUUGCAUUCCUUGUGGAUAGAGAAUCUUAAUUCCGUUUUGGAUGAAUCAAAAAUUCUGUGCUUGUCCAAAUGUGACAUCAUCCCAAUUUAUGAUCAUACUCGCUUUAUAAUGGAGACGUAUGACUUGAAAGACAUCACUAUGGCCACAGUAAGCCGAUGCGGAUUGAUCAUUUUAAAUAACUACGAUUUAGAUAUCGCCUCUUACAUCUGUUCGUAUGUAAACUCACUGACAACCAAUUUCGAUGCCAUUCAUAAGCACAUUUUGAUAAAUCUAUUUAUCGUCUUUUUUUACCAAUCUCUCCUCUUCAUCAGUAUCAACAACUUAUUUGUGUAUACAUUUAAUGAGUACUAUUAUUGCAUUUCUUUUAUUAAAUGUAUUGAUAGCUUAUUUUCCUACUGCUCCUUCGAGAUUAAUGACUCCAGUAAGAAUGAGAGUUACCAGAAAUACAUCACAUCUAUCUUUGUCUAUUCUUUGAUCUGGAGUGUGGGUUCUAAUACGUACAAAAGGGGCCGAAAAAUCUUUAACGAUUUCCUUUGCAAGCAAAUUGUGAGGCAUAAUUUGAAGUUAACGUUUGAGACCCUCGACGGGAGGCUGAUAGAUGUUCGUCAGUUUAAAGAGAGCAGCGGGCCGGACGCGGCGGAGACCAUUGAUAGGGACAGCAUCUUGGCUACUUCGAUCAGCGGCGUGGUCAAGCAGCAGGCGGAGGAGACACCCCUUAUCAGUGGAGCAGGCAACCAGGAGGAGGAAACCCCCCUUAUCAGCGCCAACGCGGAGGAUGUUUGCAGUGAUUACGAAGGGGACUGCCAAUCCCACAGCAGCGAUUGCGCAAGUGACUUCCAAUCCCUCAGCAGCGACGCCCCCUCGGAUGUCGACAUCUACAACGACCGGAACGAUCCCAUCGAGCGUCACUACGAAAACGUUAAUAGCAUGUACGACUACUACCUGCGUACCACUCGCAAGUGCAGGAAUCUCUUCAAGAGCUACGACCCGCGUCUGGGGGAGGGCGAGCACGGGUGGCUCUCUGGCAAGUGCUACGGGAACUGCAGCUCCGACUCGAACUCGAGCAACGACGAGAGGUACUUGAAGCGGCGGGGAGGGCGCAGAAAGAAGAAGUACCUUAACGAGCACGCCUCGGGUAGCUUGGACGACGUGCUGCAGAGCGUGAGUUACUACAACGAUGUGUACGGCCUGGCGGGGGGGUGUAGCGGUGUUAAGCGAAGCGGUGUUAAGCGAAGCGGUGGUAGGGGAGGCAGCGAUGGACAAAGCGGUGGUAGACAAAACACUAAACCCGAUGGACGUGCCGACAAUCGUCCCCCCUCCACCUCUCUGCACAUCUCCCACCUGGAUGAGUCCCCCAAAGGGAGAACCAGAACAGCCAAGCCCCGCGCAGAAGCGGAGCUCAGGAUAAACCUGUUCGAUUUUUACUUCAAAUAUGAGAAAAACGUGAUGAGCCACCUAAACAACAAAGAGAAUAAGUUUACCCUGAUGGACGAAUGCCUCAGCAACACAGAUAUCAUGAUAAAACAGAAGAAACACUUGUCGAUGCUUUACAAUAUAGAUAUCUUCAUGAAAAAUAAAAAGAGCAUUAUCAUAUCUGGUUGUAGUAACAUAGGGAAAACGCUAACUGUAGAUUACUACCUAAACAAGGUGAUGUCAAAGGAUAAGUUUUUCACCGUCGAUUUUUAUUUUUCGUAUAGCACCACAAGUAACCACGUGAGGAAUUACAUCGAGUCUAAGUUGACCAGACGGAGAAGUAACUUCUAUGGAACGACGAACAACAGGAUCUGCGUCUUCUACAUUGACGACAUAAACAUAGAAACGGAAGUGGGUUCAAUACAGAGGAGUCACUACUUAUCCUCUCAUGAGUUUCUACGCAUGCUGUUUAAUUAUAAAUUUUUUAUCGAUAAAAAUUUAGGGGUAAAAUACGUCGAAGAUUUGACCUGUCUAGCGACGAUGAACAAUGCGUAUACCAACACAACACAUAGUUCAAGAUUGUACAACAAUUUUAACAUUAUCUAUUACAAUAACUAUAACUAUAAGGAAAUUUUUGAUAUUUUUUUCUGCAAUUUGAGGAACAUGUUUAGCAUUUACGAUAUUAAUAUAAAAAGUCUGGCUAGGAACUUGGUGGAGAUGCAGAUAGAUAUAUAUAAGGAAGUGAAAUCAAUGAAACAGAGUUACUACCUCUACAAUGUGGAAGAUCGAGAGGGAAAGGAAAUCUUCCUACACUCUUUUAACAUAAAUAAUAUGAGAGAUAUAUACAAAUGUGUGCAUUAUUUGUCCAAAAAUAUCAACCUCAGGAAGGAACAAAUGCUUCUAUACUUUCUGUACGAAAAUAAAGCCCUUUAUGAGGAAAGUUUUUUCUCGAAAGAUGCGAAAAAGAAAUGUAACCAAAUUGUUAAGACAAAUUUUAGAAAAUACUUCCCUCAGGAGGAGUAUGAGAAAGUUGCCAGUCAGUAUGAUAAUGGACUCCUCUUUUGUAAUUUCCUCAAUUUGUAUCAAAAUGUGUACGAGCAGGUCUCCGAUUUUAACGACCUCUACAACUGUGUGUACGGAUAUAUAUCCGAAUACAGCAACAGUGAGAAGAUUAAUAUAAUCUUAUUCGAUAAUGUCCUCAUUUAUAUCUGCAAGAUAACCAAAACGUUUAUGACUGAGAAUUCGCAUAUCCUCUGUAUCGGCAUUAACGACGCGGUGAAGAGGAAGGUAAACAAAAUCUGUGCAUUCAUAAUUAACAAGACGCUUGUCGUGUCGGAGCUGAACAAGAAUAGUAAGGCUUCCCAAUUUGUAGAAGAAAUCAAGAGAUGCCUCUUCGAUUGCGGAAUUUAUGAAAAACAGUGUGUCUACUAUCUCAAUGAUGAAAAUAGCAGCUUCCAUUUUGUCCUGGAAAAUCUGAAUAACAUUUAUAAUUACGGAGACAGCUAUCUCCUCUACAAUGAGGACAACUUAAAGAAGAUAUACAGUGAGUGUAAGAAUAAAUGUGAGGAGGAGCACGUCGUUAGGAAUUUGACCAACAUUUACAGCAUUUACAAGAAAACCAUUCGAAAGUGCUUUCACGUCAGUCUGAACAUCUCGGCCGGAAGCUCCGACGCUAUUCUGAAGUUCCCGUACAUCCUCAAAAACUCCCGCAUCAUCUACUUCGAGGAGGACAACAACGAGGGGCUCCACGUCAUCACAAAGAAUUUUUUCACAAAGGGGGAGGGGCCAACCAGGAGCGUAGAGAAGUCGGUUAAGACGAUAGGAGAUCCAACUGGGGUGAUAGACAACGCUGCUAAAACGAUAGACGCCGCCGCUAACACGAUAGACAACGCUGCUAAAACGGUAGAUACCGCCGCUAACACGAUAGACGACCCCACUUCCUCUAUCGCUACCGCUUCUCGCGCCGCCCCCCCGCGGACGCUGGCCUCCAUCGACCUAGAGGUGGUGAACCCGCACCAGGAUCUCAAGUGUCUCGAAGGAGUCGUCCAGGACAAGGUGUUCAUCCGCAUCCACAAGGAAGUGAUUCACUUGGCGAAGAAGUAUCAAGAGGAGAAGCAGGUCCACGUCUGCGUAAACUCAAACAAGUAUGUCCACUUUCUCCAUUACUUUGACUACUUUUACAACGUGAAGCGGAAAGAAUUCGACAUCAACAUUGACCUCUACAGAAAGGCACUGAAUAAAUUGCACAAAUGCGAGCAGGACAUCAAAACGAUGAAGAAUUACCUUCUAAAUAUGCAACCAGUGCUUAACAGUACAAACAUAGAAAUGAAGAAAAAGGUAAAUGAAAUGGAGAGACAGUCCAAAGAGGCAUACAUCAAACAGACAGAAAUCAAAAAAAAAGAAUGCGAAAUGAAGACAAAGAUAAAAAACAUAACACAUUUAAAAAAUGAAGUCAACGAAGAAAUAACAAAAAGUUUUGCUCUCCUUAAUGAAUCCCUAAACAAUUUAAACAAAUUGAAAGUAGAACACCUCAGAGAGUUAAAAGCCUUUGUUAACCCCCCCUCCAUUGUCGUCAUGGUUAUGCAGUGCAUCUUAACAUUUUUAAAGGAAGACGAAAAAUACCUGCAAGGGAAGUUAAUCAGACCAAAAACGCUCAAUUAUUGGAUCUUAGCACAGAAAACGAUCUUUAGAGACUCCAAGGUAUUUCUGGACAAUUUGAAGAAUUACGAUAAGAAUCUAAUUGAAGAAGAAAUGAUCACAAAGAUUUCUCCACUCAUUAAGAAUAAAAAUUUUAACCCCAAGUUUGUGAGAAAAGCGUCUAAGGCAUGCGAAACGAUGUGUCAAUGGAUCCUCGCCAUUUACCACUACUUUAUCAUUAACAAGGAGCUGAAACCGAAGAAGGAGGAAGUCAUGACUUUAGAAAACGAAAUAAACAAAGAACUCACCUACCUCGAUGCAUGCAAAGAAGAGCUAAAUAUAGUCAACAAUAAUCUGUGUACCAUAGAGAAGGAGAAAGAGGAAAUUACCAUCAAACAGAAGCAACUUGUGGACAAAAUAGAAAACAUCAAACAAAGAAUUCAAAGAUCCAAAAUGAUCCUGUCCUGUCUUCUGGAGCAAGAAAUCAAAUGGAACAAGAAAAAAAAAAACUUAAAAAAAAAAAGGGAUCUACUGAUUGGAGACUGCAUCAUCGUGUCAUCCCUCAUCAAUUACAUGUCUUACUUUCCAUACGAGUACCGCAAAGUCAUUAAGUUAAAAGUGAAGGAAAUUCUAAGAAGGCACCACAUUAAACAUACCAAGGAUAUCUCCAUCUAUACCUUCCUGGAGUCCAAAAUUAACAUAGAGAAGUGGGUCUCCUAUGGACUCACCAACAGCAGGUUCUACUUCGAAAACAUCGUCAUCAUGAAUAACAGCAUUAAGUACAACUUGCUCAUCGACCCGCAUUUCAUCGUCACCAACUUUCUGAAAAAAAUGUACCAUAAGAACAGGGACGUAGAGGUCCUGCGAAAUAAUAGCUCCAACUUUGUAGACAAAAUAGAAAGGGGCAUGCAUCUGGGGAACGUUAUCCUUUUCACGCAUUAUGACGACGACUCCAGUGUUCUGUUCAACGCGCUAUUUAAUUACAAAAUUGCCAAAACUCUCCUCAGCUUUGGACGCGAGCGGGCGGGUACCAACACCAACCAGGCUGCGCGGAACCGCGAAUCCGUUUCGGACGAGGAUCCCCCCCAGGGAAGGGGAAAAGCAUCAGAGAAAGCGGCGACACAACAGGGAGUAAACGCAUCAGAGAAAGUGGCGGCACAACAGGGAGUAAACGCAUCAGAGAAAGCGGCGGCAUCGGAGGGGAUGGACGCAUCAGAUAAAGCGGCGAAUUCAGAGCGGGUGCACACAUCCGACAAAGCGACAGCACCCCCAGUGAGCGGCACGCUGACCCAAAACAACUGCGUCAAUUUCAACAACAAAAUCAUCACCGUGGACAGCGCCUUCAACAUUUACUUCAUCGUGUACGGAAGCACCCAAUUCAACGACAACACGCAAAAUCACCUCAACGUAAUCGAUUUCAACAUAAACCUAGACAUACUGGAAGAGUAUUUCCUGACAAAUCUCAUCGAUAAGCUCUUCCGAGCAACCAAUGAAAAUAGAACCGCACUCAUUCAUCAGAUACACGACCUGAACAAACAGAUGGUAAAUCAAGAAGAAGAAAUCCUACACAUAUUAAAUUACAAGGAAGACAUUCUAAGUGAUGACGAUAUUGUCAUCAGCUUCGAGAGCGCCAACAAGAUAUUCUUAAAAAAUAAAAAAAAAAUGAAAGAAUACAAAAUGAAUAAGUUAGAAAUUGCCAAAAUUAGAAAAAAUUAUAUGAGCAUGUCAGAGCACAUCUCCGUUAUUUAUCACUGCAUUAAUAACUUAGUGACUUUGAAUCCGAUGUAUAAUUUUUCCAUUUUAUCCUUUGUGCAACUCCUAAAUAUCAGCAUUGACAAAUCGGAGGAGAACAAACUGCUCGAUAAAAGAAAAAAAGACAUACUAAAUAUCUUCACGAGGAAAAUCCACUACGAGAUUUCUAGGACCCUCUCUGAGAAGCACCAACAGAUUUUUUUUUUCUACCUUGUGUGCAUGAUAAAUAUAUACAAGGGUGAGAUAGAAUACGACGAUUAUUACUUCCUCGUGUAUGAUGAUUACCCCAAGGGGGAUGACAUUCGCAAUGAAGUCUUCCGAAAGGUGAAAUCUAAGCGGAACGAUAAGCCAAAUGUUGACAAAGUUUUGCAAAACAGCACUGUAGUGGUAGUGGAUUCCUCUUCCAUUUCGAAGCAACCAUGUGACGGGGGCAAAGGGGAAGAACUCGUCACUUCGGACGACGAAAUGGAUGAGCUCAGCGAGGAGGAGGACCUCCAGACGGUUGGAGACGACGUAUCCAUUCACAGCCUCGAGUCGGAUGGAUGCGACCCGCAGGCAACGGAGGAAGGUUCCAGUAAUUCCCAGGCUAUCGCCACUCAGAGGACAAGGGGAGAUCCCAAUGCAGAAAUGAAUGCUAACCAUCUGGUGAGCGUCACCCUGGAGGAGUACCUCCUACUCCCCAAGAGGAGCGAAAAGGACGACUUUUUGAAUUCCUGCGAGGGGAAUGUGCUGCUCCAGGGCGGGGGCACAGAGGAGGGGCGUCCCACUGGUGGGGGUGUCACUGGUGGAGGUGCCACUGAUGGAUGUACCUCCAACGGAGGGGAGGCCCAAUUCACCUUCAACUUCGAAACGAAAAACCUGUCCUGGCUAAGCGCCAAGGAGUACCUUAGCGUGAAGAAGCUAAUCAGGAAGGAAAAAUAUUUUCUCUUCUUUAAAAAGGCCUUCAACGAGUAUGAACAUCUAUUCAGGAGCAUCAAGACAGACCACACGAUAUUGCAACACAAGGAUUUAAAGCAUCUGCUAACAGACUUCGAAAAAUUAAUUAUUUUUAAAAUUUUCCGCUUUGACAUUCUCAAACUUAACAUGAACAAUUAUGUAGAUGCGUGUCUGAAGAUCGGAUCUCAGAGCUACGCGAAGGAUCUCUACAAAUGCUACGAACACUCGUCCCAGAAUAAAUUGAUCCUCAUUUUGUCUGAAAACCGGCUAAGCACAGCUAGCGAAAUUAUGAUACUGAAUGAAAAGAUUACUGGAAAGAAUAAUCUAAUCAUUUAUAACAAAAACGACAAAAACUACCUGUUGCAGAUCUUAAAUGAUUCCAUUAAAAAUGGGUUCUGGGUACUAAUCGAGAAUGCUCACCUGAAUAUCCAUCUCAUUCUGGAGAUUGAAAAAUAUAUCGAAGCCUGCAACAUCCAGUACUCCAAUCCAGAUUUCAGAAUCUGGAUCAGCACCAGCUCGGUGAAGUCCUUCCCUGACUACCUCCUCAAGCUCUGUGUGAAGAUCACCUUCGAGAAUGUCCACAAUUUGAAGUCGGGGUUGCUCAACAUUUACACCAACUUCGCGCAGGAGGAGGAGGAGGAAGAAGAGGAGGACGAAGCGGAGGAGGAAGAAGAGGAGGACGAAGCAGAGGAGGAAGAAGGGGAAGACGAUGAGGAAGACGAAGCGAAUGAUGAGGAAGACGAAGCGGAUGAUGAGGAAGCGGAGGAUGACGAGGCGAAUCGCCUACCGUCCGAUCCGCACGGUGGACGGCUCCCCCGAUGCGGAACCCCGCGCAAAGGCGUCGUCGACGUUGGCACCAAGUGGGGCCAAGGGGAUAACUCAGAAGGGCCCCCGAGCGGAGGAACGGAAAAAAGGAAUAAGAAUCUACCUAGGGGAGGAAACGAAAGGAGCGAAAAGAGGAAGCAAAAAAGCGGCCAACAGAGGCCCCAAAAGAGGCCUCAAAAAAGGAGCGAAAACGAAAACAUCCUGAUGAACAAACUACACUUCAGCCUCUGCUUCUUCCACGCACUCAUACAAGAGAGAAGCAAAUUCAAGAGCAAAGCAUUUAAUAACUGUUACGAGUUCACCGACAUCGAUCUCAAGUUGUCCAAGGAAAACAUCAUCAAAUUUUUUAGAAACAAAAAUAUAGACAUAAAUCUAUUGCUCUACCUUAUUGGAAAUAUUAUCUACGGUGGUACCAUAAUAGACGUAACGGACCAGAGAUGCUUUAACAUCAUUCUCAACAAAUACAUAAAUGAGAAGGUCAUUUACUCCAACAAUGAAUACAAAUAUAACAGCUACUACUACUGUCCUCACAGUUCAAAUAAGAACCUUUUUCUAAGGUAUGUUAAGUCCUUAAAUUUUAUAACCGAUUUUUCUAUUUUCAAUUUACACCCCUCUCUGAAUACACUAUAUCUGCAAAAUUAUAAUUUAAAAAUCUUGAAGAAUCUGGAGAAGCUAGAAUACAAUGUAACGAAGGACAAGUCAGAGAUGCAUAUCUUCUCCAUCAUUCAUGUCUUGACCCAGCUCCUUCCUCCAUUCAUAGAUGCCAACAAGCUAAACGAAUUCUUUGUGAAUAACUUAAACUGCUCUAUCAUUACCUUCCUCAAAAUGGAAACAGACAAAUAUAACAAUCUCCUAAGGACCAUAUAUGAUGACUUAACCAAAAUAAUUAACUUUGUCAAGGGGAGAAUGAAUUUUACUAAAAUCUGUCCCACUUACAAUUCGCUUUCUAAUUUGUGUGUCCCGAAGAGAUGGAUUGCCUGUUCCUUUUUUACCAAUUUGCAGCUUUUUCACUACGCUAAGUUGAUUAGCCGGAAGGUUUCCUACCUUAACAGAUACAUCGCCCAUUUGGAUAAUCGCGUCUUCAACUUGGCCGCCUUCAUGUCCCCGAGGAGCCUCAUGCUGGCCAUCCGCCAAAAGAUGUGCACCGAAGCGAAGAUCGACGCCAACAACGUCAAGCUCAAGUACGAAAUUUCCCCUUACUUCAACGAGGAAGACAUCAAGGAGGACGGCUACUUCGUGGGUGGACUCUUCAUCGAGGGCGCCAUGUUUGACGCCACAAACAUGCUCAUAAAGGAGUCAACAAGAAAGUACCUCUACUGCCCCAUGCCCUACAUCAAGGUGUACUUCCUCACCAAGAGCUCACCCGUGGCGAAGCCCCUCUCCAGGCCUGUCAAACCUGCCAAAACUUCCAACCCUUCCAAACCUGCCGCUGACCCCACCAAAGGCCGCGUCCACCGCCACCACAGCUCCAACUUCCACAUAUUCAAGUGCCCCAUAUACAAAAAUAUGCACAAAACGGACAACCGCCUAAACAACAACGAACCCAUAUUCUACUUAAAGAUAAACUCCAAGGAGAGGAAGGAAAAAUGGAUUGAACGAAAUGUGUCCGGCGUGUUAAUACUAAAAUGA